UGUAAAAACAAAGGAGAAGAAGACGUUAAAGGCUUCUCGAAAAUGUCGGAGUACGCCACUGCCCAGAAGAGUGCCCUGAAAUUUAAGGGUGUAGGAGCCUCUUCAGCUGCAAAAAAGAAGAAGAAGAAGGAUAAAGAGAGUAAGCAUCGUUUGGAGCAGGUUGUGACCAAUCAAAAUGACGAGGAGGUGAAAGCCAAGAAAGCAUAUGUUGACAAAAGGACACCUGCACAAAUGGCUUUUGACAAGAUGCAAGAGAAGAGACAAAUGGAGAGGAUUUUGAACAAAGCGUCAAAGACACACAAACACAGAGUUGAGGACUUCAAUCGCCAUCUGGACACCCUGACAGAGCAUUAUGAUAUUCCCAAAGUCAGCUGGACCAAAUGAGGGAGAAAAUGUUCACUUUGUUGUUUUAUUUCCUACUUAUACAAGAGCUGCCAGGUCACAUUUUUGAACUGUACAUUUUUUAUUGCUAGUUUUAUAUAUUAAAAUUUGUUUCAUUGGCAGUGAUCUGUUGUUUUUCUGUCAUUUCAGUUGUAUCCAUUAAAGAUUUUAAGUCAA